UCUCUUUUUAAAUGCAUCAAUAUUUUUGUAAUUUUCUUCCCUUUCAGUAGUUUUGCUUCACGUCUUUUGACUCCGAGACUCAUGGUGUUCGCACAGGGUGAGGUAGUAGGUUGUGUGGUUUCAGGGUUGUGAUUUUGCCCCAUCAGGAGCUAACUAUACAACCUACUGCCUUCCCUGGAGGGCAGCAAUACAUCACAGGAGCGCAAACCUCUUUAUCAUCUUUCUAAUGACCCUUAAAACACUUGGCACAUGACUGGUAUUCGGUUUCAAACUCGUCUCUGAAUCGGUAAGUGAUGCUGCUUCAUCAGGCUUUUUUGCUGAAACAUGACUCCUUGUACAGAUUGUACAAAAACUGUAUUCUGGGUUUAUUCAUUGAUUUGCUAUGUUUUUCUUUCUUAAUUAAAUAAAGAUAUAACUGCAAAAAACGAUUGAAGUCUGGUCUUCUUUCUACAUCAAAUCUAAUUAUUGAAAUAUUUUCUCCUUGAAAUCCUGGCAUGUAAUCCCUUUUAAGUAGCUCAUUAUAUAACAAAAUACUCACAGUAUCUAAGAGGCUUCUGAAGAUUAUCUCCUCAUCUGUCUUUUUUUUUUUUUUUUUUUUGUAUUACCCAUCUGUUCAAGCAAUUAAUUUCCAGGUUUCAAAUCAAAGAUAAGGAUGAAAAGUCAAAACUUUCAAGAUGGGAUUUUACAUAUUUUACUAAAAGAUCAUAUCUGGAUUUACAGCUUUAAAAUAAUUCCUCAGACUCGUUCGGCACGCGCUCGUCAGAACCUGAGCAGGGUGUCGAGGUAAAAACAAAGCGCAGGCAGAAACACCCACCUCUUUGUUUAAAACCCACUGAGCGGCCUAGCAGGAGUUUGGAAGUCAACAGGAAAAGAUGACAGCCUAAAGGUUUGCAGUUUAAAUCCCAGGAUGGGAUGAGGACACGUUUGAAUCGUUGCCAUGCAUUCUUUCACAGUAGAUGGCGCCAGACGCUGUCCGUGUUGGGAGGGCAUUUCCACUGAUUCCUGCCCAUCUGCACUAAUGGUUUUUGCUUAAUGAAUCCAACACUAAUGGCAUAAGAGUUUGAACUAUCAGGAGAAUAGUGACAAUUACAAAUUAUAGAAAUAUUGUUCAAAUGGCGAAAAUUGCUUUGCAAGUAUGGAAAGCAAAAAGUGCCACAAUCCAAGAUAUGUAAAUAUCAUCACCUUCCUAAAAUAAUCGCUUAUGCCAUUGUUUGCCAAAAGUGAUUUGUUUUCUUUUUCUUUCAGCCAAAAUCACUGUUUUCAAAAAAAAUGGCAUCAUUGAAUUAUAAUUUUGAAAUUACUUGCUCAAAUAUGCUACAUACAUUUUAUGUAAUCAAUAAUAUUUUUUUUUAAAUGUUGCUAUUUAAUUGAAAGAUAAUAGUUUCAAAGUGGACCUCCUGUGGAGAUGUGACUGUUCUGACUAGCCAGAGGAACAAAUUUCAUCAUCUCAUGCUGCACUGCAGAACAAAAGAUAUGAAUAAAUAUUUGAAUAAAAUAUGCUUCAAAUGUAGUCAAAACAAUAUUUUUUAAUUAUGUAUUUAUCCAAUUACUUUAAAAUGACUUGAUCAUUUAAUGUUUCUAUAACCAGUUUUAAUAGAAUUAACUAAGUUGACACUACUGGACUUUCAUAAAUGUACAACUUAAAUGGUAAUACACAGAUUUAUUAAUUUACAUUAUUUAAAUUCUAACAUAAACAAUAAUUUGUUCAACUGUAAAGUUUAGUCCCUCCCUCCAUAAAUAAUUACAAUAUUUGAGUACUUAUGCAUACUUUGUCUAAUUAUUCAUUUUCCUCUUGUUUUUUUUUUUUUUAAAGAUUAUAAAUUACUUGGCAAUUAUUUGGGGUUUUGCCCAAAUAAAUUAUUUAUGUAUUUAAAUUCUGUUAGUUUAUAGUUUAUUUUAUUUCAAUUUAAUUAAACUGUGGCAUUUUUGGUCCUCCAUAAUUAAGGCAACAUGGUAACCAUAACCUAAUCAGAAAUGAGUAUGUAGGGUUUAGUGAAUUAUUAUUCAAAUGAACUAAUUUAAAAUGCAAUGGAUUUACUUGUAAUUUUAGUUAAUUAAAUGAAAGUAAUUAUGUGUUUGUUAAAUGUAGCCACUUUUGUCAUUCCGUAUUUUCACUGCGUCAAUUUCCAGUUUUAUUAAAACUACUUAUGCAUUAUAUUGAAUUGCGGCACUUUGGGCACUCCAUAGGUUUUACUGCACUCAUUUCCAGUUUUAUUAAAACUAUUUAUGCGUUUCAUUGAAUUGUGGCAGUGUUGGUUCUCCAUAGCCCUGUCUCUGCUACGCUUAAUUACGCGAGUAGAUCAUAUUCUAUUAAAUUUAUAACUGCAGACAGGUCCAAUCAGCGAUGUCUGCUUUUUUUCACGCGCUCGAUCUGAUUGGUUAGAUCUAUAGGUGUGUCAAGCGGUUGUUUCCUGGGGAGGAGAAUCGCAGCUUUUGACAGCGGAGGGAGGAGGAAGAGGUGACGCGUCAAGGUCCUGACGGAUCCGGUCACAGGACCAAAACACCUCCCUCCCUCUCUCAUCUGGUCUCCGACAGACUUUCAACAUAAUCUGGAAAUGCUUCGAGUGGCAGCGACUGAGGUAAUUUAUUAAUUUAAUCAUUAAACUGGUUGUGGUUUUAAGCCUGUUUCUUGUAGAUUUUCAACUUUGUUGCUAACUUGCACCAAAACGUUUUGCCUUAAGAGUUUCUGAUGUAUUUGUAAACACUCCAACUUACUCUUUAUUACUCUUAAAAUAAGCAAAAUAUAUAAAAGACUGAAUUUAGGAUAGAUCAAGAGCACACAGAUUCUGUUCUUGACAGUCUUUGAUCUUAAAUAUAAAAUAAGCUGCAGUUCAGCAGUUGUUGAUUAUCAGUCAGUAUCCUUUGUGUCAUCUGGUAACGUGCUUUGUUGAGUGUAGCAGGCGUCAGACACCACAGCUUCUGUUUCCACUUCUGUGGCUCUAAAGAUAGAGCACACUGGGAUUGGUGUUCCUCAGGGGAGGUGAAACACAAUGGCUUUCUGAGGUGAUGGGGAAACGUUGGGGGCAAGAGCUGGAGUCGUCCAGAGAAAGGGAAGUAUAGUCACUCAGCAUGGUCGAAACUCAGCCGGUGAAUUGUUUAGUAAUUUUAUGGCGCGGAGAGACAUUGAAGAUGCUGCAACUUUACUCACCGUUUUUCAGAAACAAUGUAGACUUCAUCAAGUAGCACGCAGCAAAGCAAAACUGAUCAAGUAAGUUGAUGUUCAAAGCCCUGCAGAAGUAUGAAACAGAGCCUUAUCAAAGAAUAGUCGACUUGUUUUGCCCAUUUGUACUUUUGUAGUUUUUGUCUCUUCCUAUUUACAUGUAGUGAAGUGUUUUCAUGAAGAGAUAAGAAAUUGAGCAAAUCUCAUAAUUUUGCACCUUAAUCCUCUUUUUUUUUAUGGUUCAGUUGCCCUUUGAUUGAGCCAUUAUGAAACAUGACAAAUUACAAACACUGAUCAAACUAAAACAAAAUGGUGAGUAAAUUGACGCAUUGUCGGCAACAAAGGUUACCCCGCAUUUGUUUUCUUAGACAUAGAUAUUAAACAAUCAAAGCUAUAAAAGUAUGAAAUAUUGUAUUUUUAGUACAAAACAUCCUGUUAUAUUUUGUAAACAGAAAUACUGUGUACACAGCUACAAAUAUCCUAGUGACCCUUAGCUCCUCUCACUGUCCUCUGCAGGGCACUUUAUUGUUGGUUAGUACAGGAUAGGGUAGCAAUACUGUUUGCCAUCUUUCAACUAGGGCAAAUAUUGGUUAUUUAAGAUCCAAAAAUGGUGUUUUCCUCAAAUUCAAACCUCCUUUUAAAAUGAUAAGCUUUGAUUAUUGACUGUCGCAAGACUAGCUGUGUAAAGGGCGGCCAAACAUGCAAUAAAGCAAACUUUGUGAACUUGCUUCCAGACAUAGCUAUUGGGAAAUGUCUGCUGACAGUCUGACGCCUCAGUCAGCCAGCGGGCAGAUUCUUCACAUCAAAGCCUCUUUGCUGACCAACAGCUGUCUCACGGUUUCACCAUAUGCUCUGUGCUUCAUAUAUUCUACGACGCUCUACAUUCACAGACACACUUUCAUUCUGACGUUACCCAACUGUAGCGAUCUGUCAGGACUUGCCUUCUGAAAUGCAGCAAAACAGACUAGAUAAACAAGAACAAGCCCGCGUUGAUCAAUCACGUUGUCAACGUCUCGACACAAGAGUCCAAAGAGGCAGCGUGUUCCAGCGUUAGUUCGUGAAAUGUUUGUUCAGAUAUGUGAACUGAAAUUGUUCUGUAGAUUUGUUAGCAUUUCAGUGCAAAUUAUAUUGCACUGUAAAUAAAAUAGAGUAAGAUGCUACAGGAAGUUAGCAUGUUAUAUAAACAAGAGAAAGGCCAGAUCGUUUGAGAUCCUGAACAGGAUUAGGCAGGUAAAGAACAUAAAUGAAUGGGUACAUAAUGAGCUGUUGACGCAUACGUCAACAAGCCAUAACAUUUUAUUAACUGAAAGCAUUGUUAUUUAACCCCACGUGGCCAGAAAAAUCAGUUAGUGUCUUAACACUCAAUUGAGAAUUUUCUCUAAUUUUCACAGGAUCAAAAUAUCCAUACUGUUUAUACUUCUGUAUGUAUAUACGUCCCAUGUACAUGGGUUCACCUAGGUUCUUACAUCCAUGUUAGUCUUACUAGACCUCCACUACCAACAUUUGUUUCAGUUGGGAGGUUAAUCCUCCUAAAGUUGUCCAACUGGUGGUUUAAAAUGCAGCCAUUUUUGAUUAAGGGUCUUGUUUAACCUUGCCUUCCCUCCCGUUCUGUUACAGUCUGGAGAGUGAUGGGUAAUCCCUAUAAGUUUGGAUCCCCGAUCUCCAACAUGGCAGCCGAACUCUACAGCCCCCCAUCGCCUCUUGGGGAAUCCCUGCUGGACAGUCCGCUGUGUGGAGACCUGAUAGGGAAUCUUCCUGACUUUUCCCAAUCAAUAGAAGAUGACUCACUGGGAUUUGAUUUCCCAGAAUACCAAACCACUGCUUCUGGGCCCAGCAGCUCCAUCCCAUUGGAUACUCUGACUCCGGCCUCCAGUCCUUUGCCUGGGGAGUGCGGCGCAUUGCUUGGUCCAGACGAGGGUAGCGGCCCCCUUAACCUUGAGUGCAGGGUGUGCACAGACAAAGCUUCAGGCUUUCACUAUGGAGUGCAUGCGUGUGAGGGCUGCAAGGGUUUCUUUCGGAGGACCAUCAGACUGAAGCUGGAAUACGAUAAGUGUGAACGCAGCUGUAAGAUCCUGAAGAAGAAUCGAAACAAAUGCCAGUACUGCAGGUUCCAAAAGUGUGUGUCUGUGGGGAUGUCCCACAACGCCAUCCGGUUUGGUCGCAUGCCCCAAGCAGAGAAGCUGAAGCUCAAGGAGGAAAGCAAGGUUGUCGAAACAGAAGAAGAAGACCCGGUCAAGGCCGACCACAAGAUCCUGGUCAGACAGAUCCACGAAGCCUACAUCAAGAACUUCAACAUGAACAAGGCAAAAGCGCGGCUAAUACUAACCGGAAAAACCAGCCAGCCGCCUUUUAUCAUCCACGACAUGGAGACGUUUCAGCUUGCCGAGAAGACGUUAGCGGCCCACGUGGUAAGGACUGAGUCUGCGGAUCCUGACCUUCAUCUUCAAACUGGGCAGAUAAUCCCGGCGCUGGUUUGUGAGGAGCUCCAGCAACGGGAGGCUGAGGCCAGGCUCUUCUACUGCUGCCAGAGUACCUCAGUGGAGACGGUCACAGAGCUAACAGAGUUCGCUAAAGCGGUGCCCGGCUUUCAGAGCUUGGAUUUGAAUGAUCAGGUGACUCUCUUGAAAUAUGCGGUUUAUGAAGCCCUUUUCACCCUUCUGGCCUCAUGUAUGAACAAAGAUGGCCUCCUUGUGGCACGUGGCGGAGGCUUCAUCACCCGGGAAUUCCUCAAAGGUCUCCGGCGGCCUUUCAGCGACAUGAUGGAGCCCAAAUUCCAGUUUGCCACUCGUUUCAACUCUCUGGAUCUGGAUGACAGUGACCUGGCCCUCUUUGUGGCAGCUAUCAUCUGCUGUGGAGACCGUCCAGGACUGGUGGAUGUACCGCUGGUGGAGCAGCUGCAGGAAAGCAUCAUCCAGGCCCUACGGCUCCACCUGCUGGCCAAUCAUCCAGGUGACGCUUUCCUCUUCCCCAGACUGCUGCAGAAGCUGGCUGACCUCCGGGAACUGGUGACAGAGCACGCACAGCUGGUUCAGGACAUCAAGACAACAGAGGACACUUCACUGCACCCGCUCCUGCAAGAAAUCUACAGAGACAUGUAUUGACAGAAUGAGCGGGAGUUCAUAUUAUUGUUAAUAAAUUGAAAGUGCAGUUAAAUUAUCCACACAUUCUUCAAGCAAUACAUGCACUGACUAAAGCCUCACAGUAUGAAACACAGAUGUCCUUAGGUGGGGUUAGAAUAGGCCUAUUUAUUGUGUGUAUUUAUUCAAACCUGCCUAAUCUGGCCUUUUCUAUGUUAAAGAAAUACCUGAAUCUGUUCUGUAAAUAUGUGCUGCUUCAGCAGAUGUUCUACACAUGACAAUGUCUAAUGUUACGCAUUUAUAUGAAUCUUUCAAAGUGCUGCUUGAAAACUCAGACCUCAGCUUAGGUUGCCUAUAAGCUUUUCUGGCUGUUUUAAUCUGCGGAGUAAAGCAUGUCUUUGUGCGAGUCCUGUGAAUUCGCUGGCCAGUAUUAAAUAUUUGCACUAAAAACACACUCAUCUGUUAAACUGGUCCAUGCAGUAUUUUGUAAAUAUAUCAGGAAUCCAAUGACGACAGAGGAGGACAGUAAGGCGUCUGCCAAAUAACGAAGAUCAAUGCCUUAUUUUCUCACUUUGAAUUACUUUGAAUUAAUCUUGUAUGCAGCAGUUAAGUUUUAUAUUCUAUUUUUUAAACCAUGUACAGUACAUGUAAUUGUUUCUGUAAAGUAAUGAUUCUUUAGAUGUAUUAUAUAAAUUAAUAUAUAGAA